GGACCUCACUGCGACUCUACACUCUUCUACUAACUACUUCAAUACUACACUACCUCACUUCCCUCUGACCUCUGACCUCACUCACUCACCCUCACUUACCCUCACUUGCCCUCACUUGCCCUCACUUACUUUUUGCCCACUACUUUUCCCGUCCGCACCCUCACUGAAUUUUCCCCUCAACCCCCUCCUCUCACAUACCCAGUGCCUCCAGCUGCUCCGUCGGUACUAGUAUCACAAGAACACCCGUCGUCGCACGUCGCAUCUCACUCGCCCUCCCACACACUGGUUCUGGCAGCUCCAGUGAUCGGCCUCUGCCUCUGUCUCCCAAAUUCUCCGUCUCCGCCGGCCCAGUGUUCAGUGCUCGCAUCCCUUUGCCUGCGGUGUUCCUGUCACUCUGCCUCUGCCACCGUGAUUGUAGGGUUCCAAUCCCACUCGCAGUCCCAAGCCAGGAUUAAGCUUCCGGCUACGCUACGAGAACGAAAGGGUCCCCCCAAAAAAGUCCCCACUUGCUCCCGCAACCCGAACCUUCUCGAGCUCCAGGCUCGAGCUUUAAUCAAGCGCCAACUGUCUGUCUCGCAGAUUACCUGCUGCUGAUUUCCGACCAACUGUCACGGCUGCAGAGUGCACAGGAUUUCUCGUCAAAGGCUGCUGAAUGCGGCGGGGUGAAGAAUAGAGUUCCGACGCCCAAAAACAUUCCCAUCCCAAUCGCAAAAAAGUUGCAGCGUCACCUCCUAACCUCAUCACCAUGAACACAUACGCACCAGAUGCAUAUCGUCCGGCAGCGACAUAUGCCCCGCCGAUGCCUCACUCCCAGUACAGUCAGAUGCCGCCAAUGCCCUCUGCCAGAGCUCCAAUGCCAGAACAGCAACCACCACAGCAUUCAUCCGAUGGCCUGGCCCCAUUGAAGCCAGGCUCGCAACCGGCCACUGCUGAACCAUUGUCGCGGUCUUGCAAAGAUAGCGAUGGUUAUAAAUAUGAGUGCGUAUAUAAAGUCUUUCCUCCGUCCCUGGCCAUGUGGUCCUUAGUACGAGUGGUUUUUGGGAACAUGGGAUGAACCUCAUUUCACUCCGUGACUCCGCGUCUGGCUGGGCUACAGUAGUGGUAGACCACUUUGGAUAUUUCCAAUUCCCGAAAAUCUAGUGUUGCUCGUCCCACCCGUCCGCACGUAAAGUUUAAGCUUUCAAAUGCAGCCCUUUUCUGUCGAGGCUACUUUGUGAUACGUCGCUGACACGUAAUAGGCUGCGAGUCUUGCAGGAACCUCGAAGGGCCCGCAUGUGCGGUUUUGGUGACAAGGUAACCUUUACCCUCUCUACCGAAUCUCACCUCAACUAAUCGCCUCCUAGGACCGACGACCCAUCACUCCUCCACCUUGCGUGCGCUUGAUCAUUACCGAUGCCAAGACCGGGAAAGAGCGUGAUUUCAAGUGAGUCGUAUUGAAUCUCAAAUGAGUGAUGGCAUUCUAAUUCCCAGUAGUGAAGUAGAUCAUGGUAUGUUUGUAUUAAAUGUUGAUCUUUGGUCCCCUGAUGGCCAACGCGAGGUCAAUUUGGUUCGUCACUCACAAACAUCGCCAUCCAUCUCCUUAACCACACCCAUCUCGUAUGGUCAAGUCGCUGGAACGCCCGCAUUUUCCAACAACCUUUCAGGCCAUGGAGAAUUAUCAAGAGAAGUCAAGUUUGAACAUGGUGGCGGCCCUAGCUAUGGCAAUGCCCCUUCUUUCAACCCAUACAAUCCUCAACAACAAGUAAAUCCAUACAGUCAACCACAACAGCCACCAUCAGCAUAUCCUAAUCAAUAUCAUCCCGGAUAUGCACAACCUGCGACACAGCCUUAUCCUCCUCAAAAUGGCUACGCUCAACCAGGUAUGGCAAACCAGCAAGCACUUUACAUGCCCGGACCACAAAUGCAUCCUUCUGGAAACAUGGGUUUUGAACCUCAACCCAUCCCAUCUCCACGAUUUGGUUAUCCAGGUGGUGGAAGACCAUUUACCCCUCAAGAUUCGAGCAUGCAAAGACUGCCGGCUAGCAGUACUCAACCAGGUGGCAUGUUUACAAGAAACCUUAUUGGGAGCCUGGCUGCUAGCGCAUUUCGAUUAACUGAUCCCGAUGACCGAAUCGGCAUUUGGUUUGUUUUGCAAGAUUUGUCGGUUAGAACUGAAGGAAACUUCAGGUAUGUCUUUCUAUCACACUAUAGCUUAAUGUGAGAUACUAAUAUCACAGACUUCGUUUCUCUUUCGUCAAUGUCGGUAGAACGAUACCCGAUACAUCUCCCGGCAAAGGUCCCAACGAGACCAAAACUGUUGUAAACACCGGUAGUGCACCAGUCCUUGCAUCCUGCUUUUCAGAACCGUUCCAAGUUUAUUCGGCAAAGCGAUUUCCCGGUGUCGUCGAAAGUACUGCUUUAAGCAAAUGUUUCGCUACUCAAGGCAUCAAAAUCCCUAUCCGAAAGGAAGGACAAGCUCCUAGUACGAGAGCAAGCGAUCGGGACGAGGAAUACAAGGAUGAUUAAUCAUUUUCUUCCUCGUAUCUUCCUUGCUCCUCUUCUCUUAUUGGCUGAUUGAAGAUUAUUAUAUAUAUAUUAUCGGCGACGUAAUAAACAAUAUACGUUCAAUUGCCUUUUUUUAUCAUCGUUAUCGUCAUCAUCAUUACUGUUUUCUUGAAAGGAGCGGGUAGGAUGUUGUGGUUGUUCGUUUUUAAAAAGGAAAGAUUCUCCAGAGAAGCUUGGUGUUUUGGGAGUUCCUUAUAGGUUUUGAUGGGGGACUGUUGGUAUAGCAUUGCUCUCCCUUGUCUUGUGCGUUUUUGGCUUUUUGGUAUACAGCAGCAGCAUGAGAUGGAAAAUGGAGAUUGUGGUAUACAUAGGUAUAACGGCACGUAUGUUUAUAUGAAGACAUUUUGCUGUAGUGAGUUUUUGAUGGUGGAUCUGAUCUGUUAUUCUUUUUUUUUUGUAUGUUUUUUGGUUGUUGUUUUUUUUGGAUAGGUGGAUGAAUGGAUGGAUUGAUGGAUUGAUGGAUGGGUAAAUGUGGAAUGUGUGUAUUUGCUAUAGGUAGUUUAUUAGUAGUGGUAGUAUUUAUAGAAGUAUUUGGCUGUUG